AUGAGACGCAUUCAGGGUCGCGUGACGCGCGACGACAUUCGCUCAGCAGGGCUGAGGCGGUGGGAUGGCCGAGCUCGAGUCACGACGGACUGGGUCAAUCUUUUUCAUGAGCCAGAGCUGUGCUGGCCGACAGGCGAUUGUCUUGUCUACUUGCGUGAACCGGGCCAGUCCAGUCGUGGACCUGCCUUUCGAGUUCAUACCGCCUUCCUCAAGGUCAGAGGCUUCGAGUCUUUGGUGGACCGCUGCGUGGUGCGAAACUCGAUUCAUGCGGCAGUGCAGUGUGUCCUCCCCAAUUGCUCGGGAUGUGACCCUCAGGAGUCAGUACAAGAACUGUACGUCCCAGCUCCUCAUGGGGCAAGCCUUGAGGAUAUCUUCAACCAUCACAUUACCACACGGAACUUCUUUGCAUGGCUCUACAACCGACCACUGGCUGGCCGGACAUUGGGGUCGGCGUUGGCGGCGCUGAAGAAAAGGGUCGACGUCUAUCGGCCUGAUGACAGCUCCCAGAACAAGGUGGAAGUACUGUCGUUUGCGGAGAACCAGAGAUAUCUGGACUUUAGAGAGUGUGUUGAUCAUGCUUUAGCAGCUCUCUCCUUGGCCGAGGCUCUUCAGGUCGAAGAUCUUUGGGUGGACGCAUUUGCCCAUUGCGUGGGAAUGAGUCACCGUGGCCUUCGAUCAAGCAUCGAAUAUGCAGGUUUGAGCGCGAAGUCCAAGUCGCUCAUCAAUCGCGCCAGGUUGGAGAUGGAUAUUCGACUGGACAGGGUCAACAAGUCCGUUGUGACCUUCUUUGAAAAUGACGUGUCAGGAAGCUUUCUCGGCUUGCCUCAGCCAGCGAGAGACCAUCUCAACAAAUUCCGCUCCUUCCUCAAAUCGUUUUACCAUGAUCGUUAUGGUACCUGGCCCCCUAAUGAUUUCGAAGAAGAGGUCGUUCAACAAACCAUAUACACGACAAUGUUCUCGGAUUUCCGGAACCUCUAUCAGCACCUGGUCGAUCCUGAGUCCACGGUGGAUAUGGUGGAAAACGACAUCACCAAAACUGGCGGCGUGUGUACUCUUCAGAACAUCCAAGCUUUUGACAAGAAGCACUCUUAUGAGCCUCUCGCUCAACCGCUACCUCUAUUACCGGAGCCGGUGGAAGCUAACUCAGGCCCACGGCCCAAGCUUCAACGAAGGAUGUCUUGGAAUCCAAUCCAAAAACGCAAGGCGCUUAGAGAAUCACGCAAGGCGCAUGACAAACGCGCUCUUAUUGGUGCCUCCAAUCGAGAUUUAUUGGUCAUGGACUGUCCCUUGGUUCGGAAGUACUCUGAGUUCGAGGAGAUGACCGUUGACGACGACCUCGAGGGACUCUCCGCCAUAGAAGGUCGCAAAGUGAGAUGGAUCCUGGUUUAUGCCGUCCUCCAAACCUUCCAUUCAAUUGCCCAGCCCCCAAAGGAAGUCCGAAACACUUCCAACUUGACAUAUUCCCUUUGUUGUCAGCCUCCGAAACAAAAGCCGUGGCAAGAAACGCCUCUACCUCAGGUCCGCACCCUGUCUAAAAAGCCGUCUCAGCUGGCUCCCGACAAUCGCUAUUCACAUACCAAUGUGUCGUCUUCCUCGCUGGGGGAGACACUGACGAGAGGGAGAUCGGCGAAGAUGCGUCGGCGUACCCUUCCCGCGAAUCUACCCGGGACUGUGAUGGCCUCUUUGUCUACCAAAACACCGCCAGCCUCCCGCUCUACCUCGCUCCGAAGAUUGAUCUCUCGUGGAGGCCAGACCAGCAGGGAUGAGAUGCCUUCCAAACGCCCUUCAUUCUGUGAGAUCUACGUUGAAGGCUAUGGGAAUGGGUUGAAUGAAGUUGCCCGCGGUGUGUCUGACUCUCCUCCGGCGGAGCUUACUGCCGAACCUGAGGCAGUAAUCAAAGAGGACCAGCAAGAACCCCAAGAGCUUCAGGGUGACAUUGUCCAUGAAAUGGCCGCCAACGACAGCGAGGAGUUACCUCCACUCCCGGUAUCGGAGACCUCAGCUACAACAACACCACCUAGCAUGUCUCGCGAAUCUUCCAAUUCUUCAGUCAGCAGUGCCUCCUCCAAUGGCAACGAGGACAGUGACGACGUUUCUCCAAUAACACCGGCGGGCAACGUGGCAUGCACACUAGAAGAGAUUCUGAAGUCUACCAGCACCAUCAAACGACGGAGGGAUAUCACAUCCGCCACACUCAAGCAGCGGCCUCGGUCGCUCGUUCUCCGAGGCGCAGUUCCUCACAUCAAAAUCAUCAACAGUGACCGGUACAAUGAUCCUGACCUGGAAAUGCCGUACGUGCACUUCAAUACACAAACCUGGGACAUGAUUUUGGAGCAAAGACCAAUGACUGCGCCCAGCCCGGCCGCGAUCACUGCCUAA